CGAUCGGCCAACCCAUGCGGGGCGGGCCUCACCAGGCGCCUAUGAUGUUUGCCCGGCCUCUUUGAAUCCCUUGUUCAAGGGACAUUACGGGCCAACUAGCGAUCAGCCCAUCAUCGAUUUUAUUUGGUUGAAUGAAACACGGGCCUCCGCCACCCCAUGUCACGCUUUUCUUCUCUCCCAGCCCGUCGCGGCUGUCAUCUGGCAUCGUCACCAUUUUUAUCGAGAUUUCCGGGGUACGCGCGAACAGCCUGCACCCAUCAAAUGGGUGUGAUCCCUACCUAAAGCAUUCUUAAACCUUGCGAUGCCCCUAGGCCGGGCAAGCUUUCCAAAGCCAUUGCGGUGGAUCUGCCAGGCUUUACUGCUCGGUGGACUCAUUGUCAUCAUUUCUCAGUCAGCUUAUGUGCUUCACACUCAGAAGCCAGAAUUUGGUUGGGAAAAGACUACUCCAGAGCCGCCAAAUGGGAGCCCACCACGACCGCAUCGUCCGGAUCCUUCAUCCAAAGACACUACUGAGCCCGAAUCUCCUCCAGAUUGCCACCUGUUCCCGAUCGAUGCCUUUGCGGAAGAUGGCAUUCAGGUCACAUUGAAAAUUGGGGGAGCGGAAUCUCAAGAGCGACUUCGGUCCCACGUCGAAGGUGCCACCACAUGCAUUCCGAAUCUUCUGGUUGUGUCUGAUAUGGGCCAAAAGCUCGGCCCCUUCCACAGUCAUGACGUGCUGGCAGACGUGAUCCAUGUGCUGUCUGAAGAGGAUAAACGGGUGUACCAGCAACAGCGGGAGUAUCAUUAUUACUGGGACAAGGAACUCGCGCCCACUAAUGCAGGUUGGAGGCUGGAUCGAUAUAAAUUCCUGUCCAUGGUGGAGUAUGCAUAUGCCCAGAACCCAAAUGCCAAGUGGUACGUGUUCAUGGAGACCGAUACGUUGGUGCUCUGGGAGAAUUUGGUGCAGCUUUUGGCGCGAUAUAAGUGGACCGAUCCCUUAUAUAUGGGAUCUCCGACUCCAGGCAGAGACCUGGGGACCUGGUGGACUCCAGUCAAAACUUUCUUCGUUUAUGGUGGAUCAGGAAUUGUGCUCUCUGCAGCUGCAAUGGACAACUUGCUCCGGGAGGAUCGCUCAGGAAGCGUCCGAGGCGGGUCGGAUCAAGAGUCGCAGCUUUUGAUCACAAAAUAUCAGGAUAUGGUCCGGGAAGACUGUUGCGGAGACUCAGUAUUAGGCUGGGUUGCUGCCCAGAGAGAUGUCCAUAUAGCUGGACUCUGGCCUAUGUUCAAUCCCAACUCUUUCCACACCACACCCCUGGGUCGAGCGUACUGGUGCCAGCCUGCCGUCAGCUUCCACAAGAGUGAUCCCUUUGAAUCGGUAGAACUAUGGAAAUGGUCCGCAAAAAGACAAACUGAUGGGGGAGACACGCAACGACCGAUGCUGUACUUUGACCUUGUCGACUAUUAUGACUUUGAAAACCGUCCCGUUCGCGAAGACUGGAAAAACGCAGACCACGAUGCCUUUGAUGCCCCAAAACACGAAGAUCACGACUCCUUUGAAUCUUGCCAGAAAGCAUGCCGCGACCAUUCCGACUGUCUCCAGUUCACGUACCACCAGAAAAAGUGCCGACUCGUACGCACCAUCAGUCUCGGAUCAUUUGCUGGGCCGGACGUGGGAAACAAGUCGGAGAACGGACGGUGGAUAGCAGGCUGGGAUGUAGAGAGCAUCCGAGAAUUUAGAAAGGAGCGUGCUUGUGAGGAGGUGGACUGGCCGGAGCCGAGUACAGAGCGGAUAUAUUGAACCCUUAUCCAUACCCAAAUUUUUGCAUGUUACGAUACAUUAUGAUCCAUUUCAGGUUUUUAUAACUAAUAUAAUAAAAUUCAAAGAGAAGAAGACCCUUAGCUCAAACCAAAGCACGUGCUUAUUGCUUUGCUCCUUCCAGUGUUAUUCAACAACCGCAUUUCAUGUCCUACCCUGCGGAACCUGGUACGAUGGUGGUCAGGACUUACCAACUUGAUUGUGCUCAAGCCCCAUCACUCCAACCACUAGAACUCCAAUAAUGAACAAACCUAAACUUAACAUAAACAUAAUAAUGCUCAAUUCAGCGACUGGAAGACUAAAAUGCCGGAUCAGUGCCCAUCGUAGUGUUGUCAAACAGUAGGUAGUUGAAUGUGUAUUGAAGAGGGCAAGGACGCAUAGAACAAUGGUCUCAUUACUGUC